AUCAUGGUAUUUCACGGCAUUGCAAAAUUAUUUUGUUGGAAACUCGUCAGAUUUUGAUUGCAGUACAGAUAAAGGAAGCGUUGAGCAAACUGACUGAUACGGACAGACAGAUGAAUCCUCUGUGGUGCGAGUUCACCAACGCGGAAACAAAGGAAUUCUUGUCUUCUCUCCAGUGGGGCGAUCUCUCCGGAGAGCUGGUCAUGGACGUCGGCUGUGGGGAAGGAGACAUGUCCACCAAAUGUAUUUUGAAUCUUUUCCCACGAGUUGGUAAAAUAAUAGCCAUCGAUAUUGAUCCAUAUUGUAUUCAAAGAUCAAAAAUCCUCCACAAGCAUAAGAAGGUGGAAUAUCGACGAGCAGAUGUCACAAUGAUGGAUCACUUGCAAAGGUGGGGAAGCCAUUUCUCAAAAAUCGUCUGCACCCAUUGCAUCACUUUUAUUGAAGAACAGGAGCGGGCUUUCAUGAAUAUGUUUCAUCUACUCCAACCUGGUGGUGAAGCGGCUAUAUUUUUUGCUCUGAGGUCGGAAAGUGACGACGUUUAUCUGGAAAUGAGCAAGAAAUCCAAAUGGUCCAAGUACUUUCAGAAUCUCAAUUCCCAAAUGGUGUUGAAGCUGAGAAAAUACGACGCUGCGUAUUAUCAAAAUGUGUUGGAAAAAAUAGGAUUCACUGUUCAUUUCUGCACAGAGCAAGUAGCGGAGUAUGUUUAUAAAUCGGAUGGAGAAUAUAAAAAUGGAGUCAGGGAUUCGACAUUCAUCGAAUCAAUCCCAAAAAAUCUGCGUCGCGAAUUUGUAGAAGAAUCUUUUUCAACCUUCUUGAAGAUGCAUCCGAGAAAUGAAGAUGGCAUGCUGCACUUCAAAUACACUAUGAUCAGAGCAUUGCUUAAGAAAUGAAAAUGCUGAUCCGAAAAUGGAGUAUUUUAUGCGUUUCUUUUUAAUUUUUGGUAUUUUAUUAUAAUUUUAUUGAAAUAAAAUAUAAACAUGAUAAAGUUUAUAGCCUGACACGCUGUCUGUAAUCUG